GUGACAACAACUACUGUUCGCUUUAAAAUGUUGUAUCUCAAAAUAAUUGUGUUUCAUUUGAUAUUCACUUUCAGUUUCAACACAGUUUUAUUAAUUGAAUUAAAAACUAGAAAUCUUUUUGCGCUGCACCAAUGGAAAGAGAUGGAUUUUGAAUUUCCAUAUGAAAUCGAUCGGGAAUUCGCAGUUAAAAAUGGCAUUUAUCUAAAAGGUGCUGGGAUUCCAAUUGAUUUCGAUUUCGAAUAUUUCAAAGAAUUGAAUUCAACUUAUCGAAUUUUUGUGACUUUGCCCCGGCUAACAUUGGGAAUUCCAUACACCCUAGGGAUAGUUAAGAAAAAUGUUGGUGAAAAUAAUACUCAUCUUCUUCCUUAUCCUGAUUACUCGACGCAUGUAAGACAUGGAGCUGGUUGCGGAGGUAUAACAUCGGCUAUCAGAAUUUUUAUCGAUGAAAUGAAGCGCCUUUGGGUUAUAGAUUCAGGUCAAAUCGCCUCAGUACAAUUCUGUCCACCCCAGUUACUUGCAUUUGAUCUGGAAACUGAUAGACUUAUCCAACGUUAUGUUAUUCCGCGAUCUCAGUUCAUACCUGGAAUCUCAGUGUUCACUUCCUUAGUAGUUGACUGUCGGGAUUUUGACUCUACAGCCUGUAAGUAUACAAUGAUUUACAUUGCAGAUUCUUGGGGAUUUGGAUUGAUCGUUUAUGACGUUGUCCAAAAUACGAGCUGGAGAAUAGAACAUACUCUAAUGCGACCUGAAAGUCAAUUACACAGAGAUGGUAUUUUUGCCAUAAGUUUAUCUCCAAAAAAUGAAAAAGAAAGAAGCCUUCUUUUUCACACUCUUGGAAGUAAGAAUGAAGUGUCUGUUCCCUUGCGAGUUAUUGACGAUCGAUUUCGAUGGAUUUCCAAGUCUGAGAACACGAGUACUUUAAGUGAUUUCAAAAAUCUCGGUAGCAGGGGAAUUCCAUGUGAAUCUGAAGUAAUGGAUGAUUCUGGAAAUCUUUAUUGCAGUGUCCUUAGCUUAAAUGCUUUGAUCAGAUGGGACAGUAGAAAAAUUGAAUAUAAUUCUGAUAAUUUAAGGAUCUACGCAUACAAUCCAGAGCAAAUUAAGUUUGUGACUGGAAUGAAAGUUAUCAAGAAUUCUCAUGGAGAAAAUGAAUUGUGGAUUUUAAGUACAGAACCGAAGGUGUUUUAUGGCGGGAUGUUUGAAGAAAACGAAAUCAAAUUCAGAUUGAUUGGAUGCCGAAUUAGUGACUUUUUGACCGGAAGGAAAUGUACUGUUGGUGCUUCAUAAAUUUCAC